GGAAAAGAAAUAUUAAUAAUAAGAAGAAAUGUCCAGCAAGGAGGUGUCAGGGAGUCCACCGGCUCAGUAUGUGGGGCCUUACCGCCUGGAGAAGACGCUGGGGAAAGGCCAGACAGGUUUGGUGAAGUUGGGAGUUCACUGUAUCACUGGACAGAAAGUGGCCAUAAAGAUAGUAAACAGAGAGAAGCUGUCAGAAUCUGUUCUCAUGAAGGUGGAGAGAGAGAUAGCAAUCCUCAAACUUAUCGAGCACCCGCACGUUCUCAAGCUGCACGAUGUGUACGAGAAUAACAAAUAUCUGUAUCUAGUAUUAGAGCAUGUAUCUGGUGGAGAGCUGUUUGAUUACCUGGUGAAGAAAGGCAGAUUGACCCCUAAAGAGGCCAGAAAGUUCUUCAGACAGAUCAUCUCUGCGCUGGACUUCUGCCACAGUCACUCUAUAUGUCACAGAGAUCUAAAGCCGGAGAAUCUCCUGCUAGAUGAGAAAAACAAUAUCAGGAUUGCAGAUUUUGGUAUGGCUUCCCUACAAGUGGGAGACAGCCUGCUAGAGACCAGCUGUGGGUCUCCUCAUUAUGCGUGUCCGGAGGUCAUUCGGGGGGAGAAGUAUGACGGCCGCAGGGCGGACGUAUGGAGCUGUGGAGUUAUACUCUUUGCUCUGCUCGUGGGUGCCCUGCCCUUUGACCACGAUAAUCUGCGGCAGCUCCUGGAGAAGGUGAAGAGUGGAGUUUUCCACAUGCCUCACUUCAUCCCCCCAGACUGUCAGGCUCUGCUCCGCGGCAUGAUCGAGGUCAACCCAGAGAAACGCCUCACGCUGGAAGCAAUACAGAAACACCCGUGGUAUCAGGGAGGCCGGAACGAACCAUGUCCGGAGCAGCCCCCUCCGCGACGUGUCUGUGUGAAGCGGAUUCUGUCUCUGACAGAGCUGGACCCUGACGUGCUGGACAGUAUGUACUCUCUGGGCUGCUUCAGAGACCGUGUCAAACUCACGCGAGACCUCCAGUGCGAAGAAGAAAACCAGGAGAAAAUGAUUUAUUAUUUGCUGCUGGACAGGAAGGAGCGCUACCCCAGCUAUGAGGACGAGGAUCUACCUCCUCGAAAUGAUAUCGAUCCUCCCCGUAAGCGCGUAGACUCUCCGAUGCUGACCCGUCAUGGCCGCUGCCGUCCAGAGAGAAAGAGUCUGGAGGUGCUGAGUGUGACGGACCAGGGUUCACCUACACCACCCCGCAGAGCGCUGGACACCUCUGCUCACAGCCAGAGAUCUCGUUCAGUCAGUGGAGCUUCGACAGGUCUCUCCUCCAGCCCCCUCAGUAGCCCCAGAAGUCCCGUUUUCACGUUCAGCCAAUCAGAGGUCACUUCCAACACCCAGUCCAAAGACCCCAAACCGGGAAGCGCCACCACCACACCCCGGGCGGCCCCUCGGGUGCCCGACCAAAAAACCCAGACGCUGCCAUCCAAGGCGGCGUCCGAUCGGCCCCACCUGCAGUCCAUGAAGUCCCUCCCCCUGCAGACGCCCCCCUCCCCCUCCCCGUCCCCCUCUCCGCUCCUGUCCCCCAUCCCUCGCUUCUUCUUCUUCCCCGCUCCCUCCUCCGUCCUCAAGUCCGUCACUAAGACCGUCUAUCCUAACUCUGCCCAUGUGUCGCAGGUCACCCCGCAGGGCUCCCCGCUCCCCACCCCCCUCGGGACCCCCGUGCACCACCCCCAGCACCCCUCUCCCACCCCGCCCUCUUCCUCCUCCUCCUCCUCCUCCUCCCGAGCCGAAGGGGGCGGCGGCGGAGUGGGCGGCGGCUCCCUAUCCCUGACCCCGCCCUCCAGCCCAGGCGGAGGGGGCGGGGGAAUGGCCGCCAGCAGCUCCGCCCACUGGAGGACACGCCUCAACUCGUUCAAGAAUAACCUGCUGGGUUCGCCUCGCUUCCACCGCCGCAAGCUGCAGGUUCCUACGUCUGAAGACAUGUCCAGGCUAACUCCGGAGUCAAGCCCAGAGCUGGCUAAGAAGUCCUGGUUUGGGAACUUCAUCAGUCUGGAGAAGGAGGAGCAGAUUUUUGUGGUGAUCAGAGACAAACCACUCAGCUCCAUCAAAGCCGACAUUGUUCACGCCUUUCUAUCAAUUCCCUCCCUGAGCCACAGUGUAGUCUCUCAGACCAGUUUCCGGGCAGAGUAUAAAUCUUCCGGAGGUUCGUCCGUCUUCCAGAAACCUGUGAAAUUCCAGGUGGACAUCGCCUUUUCAGAGGGGGAGAGGGAACGAGAGAGAGAGAGGGAAAGGGAGAGAGAGGGAAAGAAGGAAACUGGCAUUUACAGCGUCACCUUCACCCUCAUAUCAGGUCCUAGUCGCAGGUUUAAGAGAGUGGUGGAGACCAUACAGGCCCAGCUGCUCAGCACUCAUGACCAGCCCUCUGUCCAGGCACUAGCAGAUGAGAAGAAUGGUCUUUCCUCCCGUCCCCCCAGCACGCCCACCCGGCAGAACUCCCGCCGCUCAGAAGGGGGUGGGGAUCGCGGCGAGAGGGCGGAGCGUGGAGAAGCAGCCAGUAUGGCGGGCAGUGGAGGUGUCCUUCAGCGCAGGGGGUCCGGCAAGGACAAAACCCGCCUCCUCUCCUCCAAUGGAACCCAGUCUCAGCCCUGAAAGAACUCUCCGGAAACAGAGCAGAGCCUACAGAGUGGGCUGGGACCCGCUCCUUUAACCUCAGACCCUGAAAAAUCCCCUCUUUACCCACAAUCCCUCAAUCACAGACACACUCCGCUCACACACGCUCAUCGCUACCAGAAUAACCUGUAGCCCAAAUACAGCCGAGAGAGGAACCGCAAAGAAAUGGAUGAUCCUGCUCACAGAGAUGCACCCGGAUACAUGAAAAACACUCAAACAGCUGGAAUGUGAUGUCACUCGCGCCUCAAAAGUACAGCGGAUCUCAAAUCUGAAUAAAACAUACAGACUUUAAAGCAUCUCAAUGUAAACUUCAGUUAGAUAUCAAGCAUCUCACAGCUGGAUGACUGAAAGUGAUCUAGAGCCAAUAGUAAGCUAUAACCACCCACAAACUAGUUAACAAUCAGCAGAGGAAAAAAUACAGGAGGUGGGACAGAAAUGAUUGUGUCUUUUUUAUCAUCAUCAUCAUCAAUGUCAUCAUCACUAUCAUCAUCACCAUCAUCACCAUGAGAAGUGUCACUGCGGUGGACUGUAAUUUGAAGAUGAUUUGGAAGCUAAAUCACCAGAAUCAUGAAAAACAAGAAGAUUGACAAAAGAUUGAAAGGAGUAGAAAGAGGUUGAUCAAGACGUGGAACAUCAGUGGUGAAUGGGCAUCCAGAAUUUUGACCCCAAAGCGGCAGCUUGAAUCAAAUAACGGACUAAUUAACGGAUUAUUGACCCAGUGUUUGGUCCUGUGUGAUGAAUCCAUAUCAGCACAAGGAAAAUAUCAGUGAUAAACCCGCCGUAGUAAAG